CUUUUUCUCUUAUAAAUCCUCUUCCUUAUAAUUGUGCGAACAGUUUGAUAAAGUGUUCCUUUAUUCCCAUUUUUUUCAUUUUUGUUUUGUGACCUCCUAAAUUAACAGUCAUACUCUUUCUGUCUUUCUUUCUGCCUUUCAGACUCUUUUUUUUUAACACAUAAAACAUGCCUAUAACAGACGAUAGAAUGAGCAUUAGUGAAGAAGAGGAUGAAGUCUUGGCCGAAUAUCCCAUCUAUUUGACCAAUGAGCUUUCCAAAUAUUUAUACUUGUUUCAGUACCCUAUGCGAUCAACUCCAUUCAACGCAAGAACAGGACCCACUGCUGCACGAUUAAAGCCAAAUGCAAAAAUGGUCGAGCUUGAUUUACCUCUAGAUACUCGCUCAGCAUUCUAUAGCACAGAAAGAGGUGAAGACUUUGCAAUGGGUCUUAAUGACAAGACAAUCAAAACGGCAUAUGAUAGACGUAUGGAAGAACACGAAGAAGAACUGAAUGGUUAUUAUAGCAGAGCAUCCAAAAAGAAGGACGAAGAACUGUUAGAUAAGAUGACUUUGACCUCUACUCAAGUGCCUACUCAAACAAAGUAUGCUAUUGGUGUUAUCCGAGAUCAGGAACUUCAUUUGACGCCUAUAAGAACAACAGUUCAAUUAAGGCCAGGAUUUAAAUAUAUUGACAAGAUUGACGAAAAGUGGAAAGCGGCUAAUAAGCGUAUUCAGGAUGUUGAAAAGCAAGAAGAGAAAAAGAAAACCACUGAACCAGGUCAAGCACAGACAGUUCAGGUCUCUGUGAAGAAUGCAGAGCGAGAAGGAGGCAUCAGAAAGAAUAUAUACUCUCUGUCUGUGAAAAACGCAGAAGAAGAAGAGUGGCAGCCCGUUGUUUAUUAUGAUCAGCUUUCUCUUCAAGCAGAAAAAGUAUCAGAAAAAUUAUAUGCAGGAAAUAAGGAAGAACUUAUUUGCACAACAAGUAAUGAUGAAUACCUCACCCAGUUGAGUUAUGGAGCGCAAACACGAUAAUUUCGUUCUUCAUAAUAAACCAAUGCUUUACACAACUCAUUCCAUGUUUGUUAUUAUGCUUCAUUGUCCAAAAGAAUGUCUUUUGUGUAGUUCUACA